AUGGUUUAUACAAUACGCCACAAAGGCUUCUGGGAUUAUGCAGUAGGAAAUGGCUACUAUGACCGAAACUUCCACAACUUCAUCAAGAAAAUUGAGCCACCAAAGGAGCAGACUUUAUUUAUUACACGCAAGAAUGACUCAUACUUCCCAUUCAGAUAUUUGCAUGUCUAUAGAACCUUAAAGCGUGCAUCCAACCAGUUCUUCCAAGGAAACGAGCUCAUCCAGAACGUUUUCACCUUAUCAAUCCGUGCAAUGUACCAAAGAGUCCCAGAAGAAAUGUUUACCCAAAGAUAUGGAGGCUGGGAUAUGCUAGUUCAUAAAGGCGAGCGCCAUUGGGAGCUUAUACCUUUUUGUUUCCUAUUUAAAAAAAAAUAAACAGUAAAAUCUGUAUAACAAUUUUCAAAAAAAAUAAAAAAUGGUAUAUGACUUAUAACCAGCAUCCUUUACAACAAGACCUCUAUGAAAUGGUCAAUAAGUAUAUCCAUGAGACUCAAGGAGAAAAAAGUGAAGAAGAAAAACAAAGGGCUGAAGAAAUUCUCAAAAAAUUAGAAACCUUGACGAAGGCCAAAAAGGAAAGACUUGGACUUAAACCAUAUGAGACUUUAGAGCAACAAGAUCUUGCUGAUACCUUUGAUGAAGUUAUGAAAGAAGAAAGAGCUUCAAGAGGAUCUGCACAUUAUGUUAAGCCCCUUGAAGAGGUAGAAGCAGAAGACGAAAAGGAAAAUCCUAGAAGAGUUUCAUACUUCUAUUAA